ACGGCGACCUCCUCGCUCCUUACAGCUCGCCAAAGCACCCGGAGACGAGCAGGAGCCUCCAGGUGUUAACUCUCUACCUGCCAAAGCCAAGAGGAACUCUGCUCUGAUCGAGAAGCUCCAGGCCAACCUCGCUCUCUCUCCCUCGGCCCUGCAGCCCUCCCCGAAGAGUCCCGGCUUCAGGUUGCUGUCUCCCGUCUUCCCCCCGCCCUCCCCCAGCCAUGCCCUAGUUACCACGGUAACCACCUCCUCCACGCCGACCCCCACCAGCCCCGUCGUCACCUCUCCGCUGACUGAAGAGGAACUUCCCGCCUCCUUCGAGGCCCCUCCCACAGUGGUGGAGGGGUCCAUCCUGUCGAACACCAACAUCAAGGGCAGACCUCGCCACUCUGUCCGGCGACGCCCUCCAUCCCGCCGCCACAGGAAGUCCAGCAGUGGAGACGAGGUCGGCGCCGCCAACGAGGGAGGAGACGUGUCUCUGAGCUCCACGGGUGAACCAGAAGACAAAACAACAGCAGGAGGAGGAGGAGGAGGAACAGAAGGAGGAGGAGGAGAGGAGGAAGGUAAAACAGACGAAACAGAUGCUCCAACGUGUCCUCAGAAAAACCACGAAGAAGAUCGGUCAGAGGUCGAGUCCAGAGAGGAAGACGAGAAGAUGAAGGAGGAGGAGAAGGAUGGAUCCACGGGAGGAAAGGAGGAAGAGGAGAAAGAGGAAAGAAACUCUGCACAAAAACAGGAAGAAGAUUUGACCAAAGAAGUGACAAACACAGACACCAAAGAUGAAGAAAAGAUAACGGAGACGACGAGUCUGUGUUCGGUCCGAUAAGCAAUCAGACGUACGGCCGAGCCCCUGGGGCGCUGGGAGGGAGACCCUGUCGCAGGGAUCAGGCCCGUCUGAGAGUCCGGACUCAUCAGUGAAACUCUGAGCUGCUGCCCACCCACACGGUUUCUCUCCUCUCCGAGGAAACCGACUGAAACCGACUGAAACUGUCUUUGGUCUUUUGAAGAACGGCUGAUGAUUCAACUGAAACACUGGAAGUGUUUUUUAUUCUCAAUGCAAAACCUUUUUACACUGAAACGCUGGAUUUGUUCCUUUUUGUAAGAACAUAAUGUUAUUUUAUUGUUUUCAUGAUGUUUUCCUGCUGUCUGGUUGUUCGAAGCUGUGACUGAUGAUGAUGAUGAUGAUGAUGUGUGAUUUUUAUUUAACGCACUGAAGCUUUUUGGACAAACAUUAGAAACAGACCUGUUACUGUGUGUUUGCUGUCAGACCUUAUUCCAAAGAUUCAUAAACAAAUACUUCAGGUUUUUAUUUUUUUGACUGUAAAUUCUGUAUUAAAGGUUUAAAACUGGAGACGUCACAUUGUGCCUUUAAAGUGAAAUAAAACGUGUAUCCUGGCUACAUGAA